UGCUUGGCUCAACCAUUUCUCCACAGAGGGGAGAAAAAGGAAUUCCCUAAGAGGAGAGGAGAGAAGAGUAGUAAAAAUAUAUAUAGAAAGUGAAUUAUAUAGGAAGCUUGAGAUCAUAGGGCUAAAUGGGAAGGCCCCCUUGCUGUGAUAAAGUUGGUGUGAAGAAAGGGCCAUGGACUCCUGAAGAGGAUAUCAUUUUGGUUUCUUAUAUCCAAGAACAUGGUCCAGGCAACUGGAGAGCUGUUCCUACUAAUACUGGGUUGCUUAGGUGCAGCAAGAGCUGUCGGCUCCGGUGGACUAACUAUCUCCGCCCGGGAAUCAAACGCGGCAACUUCACUGAACAAGAGGAGAAGAUGAUUAUUCACCUCCAAGCCCUUCUUGGCAAUCGAUGGGCAGCCAUAGCUUCAUACCUUCCUCAAAGGACUGAUAAUGACAUCAAGAAUUACUGGAACACCCAUCUGAAGAAGAAGCUGAAGAAGAUGCAAGGGGAAGAUGGUGCAGAGAGCAGUGGGGGACAAGAUGGGAAUUCUUCAUCAUCUUCUCACCACUCAAUCUCAAAGGGCCAGUGGGAGAGAAGGCUCCAAACUGAUAUCCACUUGGCCAAACAAGCUCUCUGUGAGGCUUUAUCCAUGGACAAAUCCAAGCCGGUUCUGUCUGCCGGCGGUUCAUCCAACCCGGCGACUGUCCCGGUCCAGACCGGUCCCUACGCUUCAAGCGCUGAAAACAUCGCGAGGCUGCUGGAGAGCUGGGUGAAAAACAACGGACCGACCCGGUCCAACUCGGAGACCACCGUUACUCAAACCGGGUUUGCCGGUUCGACCUCUAGCCCGAGCGAGGCCACCUUUGACCACUCCCUCUUCAGCUUCAACUCAACAUGCAACAACUCCGAAGCUCUGUCCGCUGUCGAGAGCAAGCCCGUGUUCGCACGCGCCGCCGUGGCCCCACCCACCUUCCUGACCCAACCCAAGCCCAACAAUUACAAUAUUGCCCCUCCUGAGACUCAAAUGCCCUUGACCCUGCUGGAAAAUUGGCUCUUUGAUGACGCUGCCAAUGUUCAACCCCAAGAGGGCAUAAUGGGAAUGCCAGUGCCCUUAGCCGGAACUGCCGAGUUGUUUUGAACAGAUAUAUACACAUAACGGCGUGUAUAUGUGUUCCAAACAACUUAAUCAAUUAAUAGGUUAAUCUUAAUGUUACUUUGUUAAUUAGGGUUUAAGUGAGAUAUAUAUAUAUAUAUCUCUAUAUCAAUAUCUAUAUUAUAGGUUUUACUUAGCUAGUUACCAUUACCUUGAGUAGCAACUUCUGCUGGACCCAAAAAAAAAGAAGAAGUGUAAAUUAAAGGAAAUACUUUAGUAUUUCUAUAUAGUAAAAUGGAAAUAAUAAUAAUAAUAGAGUCCUCUUGUGCUAGGAUAGGUGCUUAAACUGUUUGUAACUUGUGUUACCUUUCAGUGCAAUGAGAACUAGUUUUCUUAUAUCUUA